AUGAAAAGAAUCGAGAACGAGUUUGGGGUAUCAAAAGCACUACCAAUUAAAACGCCGUCGACUAAUGAUGGAAGGGUGGAUGUAGUUGUGGCUAAAGACGGCUCAGGCGACUACAAGACGAUCCAAGAAGCGAUUGAUGGUGCGGGAAUUAAGAGAACCAAUAGAAGCCGUAGGUACGUCAUUCUUGUGAAGCAAGGCGUUUACAAUGAAUAUGUGAUUGUCGGAAGCAAAUCAAAGAACAUGAUGAUCAUCGGCGAGGGUAUGGGCAAGACCAUAAUCACCGGCGACAGAAGCAAUGGCACCGGAUUUAGUACUUUCGAAUCCGCCACCUUUUUGGCUAAGGGGGACGGUUUGGUCUUGAAAAACAUGACAAUAAGAAACACUGCUGGACCGGAGAACAAACAAGCGGUGGCUCUACGUUCGGAUUCAGACGCGUCAGCGUUUCACAAAUGCAGUUUCGAAGGGUUCCAGGAUACACUCUACGUCCGCGUUAGCCGUCAGUUCUUCAAAGAGUGUGAGAUCUACGGAACGGUGGACUUUAUCUUUGGUGACGCAGCGGUCGUGUUCCAAGAGUGUCAGAUAUUCGCACGGAGACCGCUCGGCGGAGUCAACACAAUAGUGACGCAGAACCGGGACAACACGAAUCAUACGAGUGGGAUCGUGAUACAUAACUCGGAGGUAAAAGGAGAUCCGAAGGCACGGCUCGGAGGCGUGAAAACGUAUCUUGGUCGUCCUUGGUCCCUGUACGCACGAACGGUGGUGAUGAAGACGCAACUUGGCGAAUUGGUCGAUCCCAAAGGAUGGCUUCAGUGGGGCAACAUGACGGACAUUAGCAGCAUGUAUUACGCGGAGUAUAGGAACUCGGGACCGGGUUCGGGUACAGAGAACCGGGUAAAGUGGCCCGGGUUUCAUGUGAUAUCAGAUGUACAAGAAGCUCGUCAGUUUACGGUAGGCAAUUUCAUCGAUGGUGCUUCUUGGUUGCCAGAAACCGGAGUCCCGUUCUCUGUUGAUCUCUAA